GACGCCCUCCGUAACACCUGACGCAAUACCUACGCGGCGGGCGGUGAUGACGUCAGCGCGGCCUCCACGUCGCCCGGGCAGCCAAGAUGGCGGCGGCAGAGGGGAGCGGCAGUGCCGGGGCCGUGUUUGCAGGGCUUGCAGAUGUGUCGAUAUCUGAGGACAUCCCAGUGGAAGGGGAGAUUACUGUUCCUGUUGGAUCUCGUUCUCCUGAUGACGACUACUCCACGCUGGAUGAGCCCGUCAGGGACACUAUUCUGAGAGAUCUGAAGGCUGUUGGGAAGAAAUUUGUCCAUGUCAUGUACCCAAAGAAGAGCAGCGCGCUCCUCAGAGACUGGGAUCUCUGGGGCCCGUUGGUGCUUUGUGUCUCACUUGCACUGAUGCUCCAGGGUGGGUCAGCAGACAGCAAAGAUGAUGGAGGGCCCCAGUUUGCCGAGGUCUUUGUCAUCAUCUGGUUCGGUGCAGUUGUCAUCACGCUAAACUCCAAGCUGCUUGGGGGAACGAUAUCAUUUUUCCAGAGCCUGUGCGUCCUGGGUUACUGCGUCCUGCCGCUGACCAUGGCAAUGCUAGUGUGCAGGCUGGUGCUGCUGGCGGGUUCUGGCACUGUCAGCUUCAUCAUACGCCUCAUUGUAGUGGCUGCGAUGUUUGGCUGGUCGACGUUAGCAUCUACAGCGUUCCUGGCGGACAGUCAGCCCCCAAACCGCAAGGCCCUUGUCGUCUACCCCAUCUCCCUCUUCUACUUUGUCAUCAGCUGGAUGAUCCUCACCUUCACACCACAGUGAUUGCCAGGCAGGAGGGAAGAGACUCUCACAUGGACUGAAGCUUUUUCACGAGUGCUGCAGUUAAUUGCUGGCUUUAUCUCUUUCUAAUUUAUAUAUAGAGAUACUGUAAAAAGGCAGGAGAGGGGAUAAAGCCAGAGAACUGCAAACCUGGUCGUUUGUGUGUCACUCUUUUUGAAAGACACAGAGGGCCAGCUGCUGAGGGGGUGUUUACUUAGCUCUGCCCUUCAGUUAUGUUGGAUAAGAAAUGCCCACUGUGACAGGGAUUGGUCUGCCCGAGGAGCAGAGCGGGAGAUCCUGGAGUUCCAAGAUGUUGGGUGGAUGAAGAUGGAGUUGUAGGAUCGCACAACGUGGCAGAAUUCUUGCUUGCGCUUGGAUUCUCACUGAUGAUGAAUAUGCCUUACGAAAUAACAGAACUACUUUGCUGUUAUGUGUGGGGUGGGGACAAAAUGCGUUUGACUCCCUUUUUGUUUACUUGGAGUGCUGAAAUGUGUGUAAAGGGCAUUGUAGGACUGUGAGCUCUCACUUUAAAAACAGAUUUCAGCAAAAAGUGACCUGGCUCUGCACUGCAGUUUGUUAGAGCUGUGGGAAGGGAACUGCCUUUCCUCAUGUUCUCGUGUUGUGUGUUUGUGUCAUCCCUUCAUGCAUCAGGAAAAAGUGUUUCAGCUGAACCCCUUCAACACUGCAAUUACUGACGGACCCGUGGAUCUGAUGUGAGGGUGUGUGUUUGCACUGGGAAGUUGCAGACCUUCUUGUGUGACCUGGAGCAGGGAGUUAAAAGUCCUGGUGAAACAGGCCCAACUGGUUUGCAGCCGGGACUUGGCUGUCACUGCAUGUUGAGAAUGGCAAAUGUUCUGGACAGUAAAGUGUGUGUCUACUAAAGGCAAAGUUCGUGUGAAGUAUGUGGAGGAUUUGAUACCCAAGGUGUUUGGGUGCAAAUGUGCCACACCAGGAUGUGGGUCCUGAAGUUUUAAAGCGGGUUGGAGGAGGGAAACGACGACGUGAUGAAGGUUGCAGCUGCGGUGAAGUCGGAUGUGGAUUCUGGUUCUAGCUGCUUGUGUGUGAUUCCAUGUGGUUGUUUACAUGUCAAGCGCUUCACCCUGCGCGUGUACACAUGUGCAUGUGGUUCCUUUGUGCACGCACUGAGAUGGGAGGGACUUCUCUAUAGGGUGGGUUUUGUUUAAUACCUUUUGUAAAGGGGAGGAUGGUUCUCUUGUGUCCUGUGGGUGCAUUUGUGUGCUGUGCCCGGCUGUGUAACCACGCCACUUACAGCUCAGUGGGGCAUUGGGACCUGGGGAAUGGACUCUUGGAAACUGGACAGGAAUUAUUUAUGUUGCCUGUUGUUUCCAGUCAGCAAUAUGAGGGGAGAGUGUUGAAACAUCUGGGGGUGAAAAAGUGCUGGUAAAAUGUCGCUUUUCCUGUAAGUGCUUCCUUUUUGCUAUGGCAAUGGGGGCAGAUCUGGUGCUGGCACAUGCAGGGCCUGCUGAGGUAUGAGUAUCCCUGAUUUUUGUAUAAAGGGCAGAUUCUGCUAUACACAGUAUGGGAUGGCUGGAGAGCACAUUUCUAAGUAGAUACUUUGCAGAUUAAAAGUAUGUUUCUGGGAGCAUGGAAGGAGGAGAAGAGGGAAGGAAAAAUCCACUGCUGUCUGUGGGGACCCGGCUUUACCACAGAGCAGUUGUUAGCGGCGUGUGUCUGCGGCUGACGGCAGUUCCAGCUGCCACCCGUACAACCACAGCUGUGGCUGCUCCAAGGGGUUGCGAGAGGAGCUGCGGUGGUUCGUAGGCGUGGGUAUACAUGGAAACAGGGAAUUCUUAAACUUCCAUUAAAUUAUUAAUGCUAUGCAAUGUGAUUUGUCUUUUACGUGUGCAGUUUCCAUGCAUUAAAACAUUGGUUUGACUUUGUGAGGCUGAGAAGGAAUAUCCAAGGGAAGGUGACAGUAAAGCUGUUGAAGGAUCCAGUGGGAUUCGAGUCAGAUCUUUUGCUGCUGCAGCACAAGAACUUAACCACACUUUUAGAUAAAUCAUUGGGAUUCUGUCCCUGCAGUGCCUUGAGACUUAAACUGAUGUAUCUGAAAGGUAACUGAAGUAACUUCUAAUUGAGUCAGUGUCUAUUGAAAAGGAGGACAAUGAUUUUUAAGAGUAAUUA